GACCCGGUCGGGGAGGGCUCUGCAGAAGUGCCACGUUGGGCCUUGUUGCGGCUCGAGGAACCGACUCCGAGAGCCGGCUGGGCUGUCUGGCCUGAUUGCUGUCCGUUGGGCUGUUGGGAGGCACGAGGCGAGCUGGCAGGCGGCUCUGGACAGGCUACUCGGCGGAGUAUCCCGCCCGAGGGCGGGUCUGGCCGCAAGGCGGAGGGGCCAGCGGAGCGCCCGGGGCAGUGGCUGAAGAGGGACGGAGGCGGCGGGGGCCGCUGGCCCCCGGGAGAACCAGACGAGAUGCUGGCGGAAAACCUGGUGGAGGAGUUCGAGAUGAAGGAGGAAGACUCGUCGUGGUACGACCACCAGGACCUCCAGCAAGAUCUCCAACUUGCUGCUGAGCUUGGGAAGACAUUACUGAAUCGGAACACAGAGUUGGAGGAUUCUCUUCAGCAGAUGUAUACAACCAAUCAGGAGCAGUUACAGGAAAUUGAGUACCUGACCAAGCAGGUGGAGCUUCUGCGACAGAUGAAUGAGCAGCAUGCGAAAGUUUAUGAGCAGUUAGAUGUCACAGCAAGAGAACUGGAAGAAACAAACCAAAAGCUUGUUGCUGACAGCAAGGCCUCACAGCAGAAGAUUCUGAGUCUGACUGAAACAAUCGAGUGCCUGCAAGCCAACAUCGAUCACCUCCAGAGCCAAGUGGAGGAGUUGAAGUCAUCUAGCCAAGGGAAGAGGAGCCAGGGGAAAUGUGACCAGAAGUCAGCACCCAGCUUCUCGUGUCUGAAAGAGCUCUAUGACCUGCGCCAACACUUCGUGUAUGACCACGUGUUUGCAGAGAAGAUCACUUCCUUGCCAAGUCAUCCAAGCCCCGAGGAAGAGGAAAACAAGCACUUGAAGAAUGCAGUGAGGACACUGCAAACACAGCUGAGCCUGGAGCGGCAGAGGCGGGGAGGCCUGGAAGAAGAGUAUGAGCUUGUGCUGAAGGAGAAUGAUGAGCUGCAGCAGCAGCUGGGGGCCGCUAGCGAUUACCGGGCCCGGGCGCUGGAGCUGGAGGCUGAGGUGGCUGAAAUGCGGAGGGUGCUGCAGUCGGAGCGUCCCUUCAUGAAUGGGGUUGAGAAGCUGGUGCCAGACUCCCUGUUGGUCCCUUUCAAGGAACCUGACCAGAGCCUGCUGGAGGAGAUGCUGCUAACCGUGCCGGAGACCCAGCGUAGGCCCCUCAAGCGCAGCAGCAGUGAAACGGUGCUCAGUAGCUUGGCAGGUGGUGAUAUUGUGAAGGGCCAUGAGGAGACCUGCAUCCGAAGGGCCAAGGCUGUGAAGCAGAGGGGUGUGUCCCUGCUGCAUGAAGUGGACACUCAGUAUAGUGCCCUGAAGGCCAAGUAUGAGGAGCUGCUGCGGAAAUGCCAGCAGGAGGGGGACUCACUGUCCCACAAAGCUGUGCAGACUGCCAGGGCUCCAGCCAGGGACCCAGCUGCCAGGGAUCUGACCAUCACUGGCACCCCCGAGCUUGCCUGUUCCCCCAGCAGCACACCGCCUCCUGAAUAUAAAGCGCUUUUUAAGGAGAUAUUCAACUGCAUCCAAAAGACUAAGCAGGAGAUCCAGGAGCAGAGAACGAAAUUUCGCACUCUCCCCUCUCCUUCCUAGUGGGCUUCCAGCUCCCCUGCUCAUUUCCUGUCUCCCAUUACCCCUCCCCCAAUCAGACAUAUGUUUGUAGAGCCCAAAGCCUGAAGCUGCUCAGCACGCUUUGCCUACUUAGCAAGUGUGUGUGUACAGCAAGGAGAGGAUGAUGGCUCCUGGUAUCAGUUCCCUAACCCAGUUCCCUUUAAGCCCCUCGGGAAGUAGUAUGACAAACUGGCCUCUGGCUGGUGCACUGAUUAGGCUGCCAUUUCAUGAGAAGCCCCAGAAGCAGUGGGGGCCGAAUUGUGCUCCUAGACAGGUAGGCCUGGAGUUUCCAUAGGAUGCAGUUAUUUAUAUGCAGUGCAUAGCAUAUCCUGGAAAAAGUGAGGUUGAAACUAAGCUGAGGCACUCCCUGCUGCCUUUGUGCUUAACUUCUUGAAGCUGUGGAAGUCAGCUGCCACUUGAACAGUCUUCACAAACCGUGUUGGAUACUUUGAAUUCAUUAACGAGAACAUUCAGGAGACAGUAAAGGUCUGAUCCAAAGAAACAGUAUUAACAAAUAUUCCACAACUUUGAGUUUUGAUUGCUACCAGUUGACUGUGACAGGUAAUCCUAACAGAUCUAAACCCACUGAAUACACCCCUGAAAGGUGAGCUCUGCUUGAACAGAGUUAGCCUGUGGGCUCCAACGGCCUCCACCCUACAUCCAAACAUCUACGCGCAAAGUACAGUGGUUAGGAUAGCUAAAUACACACAUCUUUUCUUUUCUUAAAAUUCAAACAAAGGGGACCAACCUCUCCUGUGCUAUCUGACCCAAAUGACCUGCUCAGUUCCUGCUGCUCCUGUCAAUGGUUGGACUUGACUGCCAGAAUUCCUGUCUACUGCUUUAUUGAACAGUAUUGGCGUUCCAACUGUGGAAAUAGUUUCCUUGAACUUGCAUACUUGCAUAUGUUAAUUUAAAACUAUUUAAGAGAGCUGAGGAUCCAGUAAUUGUAUAUAUUUUUCUAAAAACCAAAUAAAGCUGCCUGUGAAAAUGAACAAAUGGAUCUAUUGCUUAUUAAUUUAAGCUUAAGCCAUUUCACUGUUAUAACCAAUUAUCCACUCUUUUUUUCUCCCAACAAUAUCUUUAGGAAGAUUUGGUAGUGGUUCUUUUUUCCAUUUUGUUUAAAUAGGUUCUUGGGAUUGUGUAAUAGCACCAAUUCUCAGGUGGAUAAGUGUUGGUUAACAUUACUAUAUGAUUUUAAAACAUUUUUGAAUUUAUAUACUCUAAUUUUUCACUAUUUUAGGAGUAUCAGACUUGAUUUUGAAUUAAUAGCAUCUGACUAGUUGAUUCUCAAAACACUUGCUCAUUCUAUUAUAGGAAAGAAACCUUUCAAUAUUCAAACAUUAAAUGACCAUUGAAUCUAAAUUAGUUUUGCUUUUGGAUUAUUUAAGUUUUAAAAAUGUGGGUUAAGGUAUUUUUCAAAGAGUUUGUAAAGUUAGUUAUUUUCCCUGACCUCCCAACCCAUCUCCUCCCCAGAAUCAACUAGUUAUAUUUCUUAUAUAUUCCAAAAUAUUCUAUGUAUACAUUACUACACAAGUAUGUAUAUGACCCAUAGUUUAAACAAAGAAGAGUAUACUAUCAGCACUUGCUGCAUCUGCCAUUUUUACUAAACUGUGUAUCUUUGAAAUCAUAUAUAUUUAUCUGACCAUCUACAUUCUUUAUGAUAGCUGGAUAGUAUUCCAGUAUACAUACACACACAUACUCCCUGGUGGGUUGAUUGUGUCUAGUCUUUGCUACUAUGAAAAGAAUCUAACAAAAUAACAAUCUUUGUUCCUUUUUGUCUUGACAAUUCUUUGAUCCAUCUGAAUUCAUUUCUUGUAUUUCUUAUGGUAAAAAUAUACAUAGUAUAACAAUCUU